CCUCCUGCAGGGACCCCUCAAGCCUGGUGGAGGGGAAGGUGACCAGGAGGGGGAGAGCCAGCCCGCACGUGCAGCGCCCAGGGGAGGAGGCUGGGCCAGCGCAGCGCUUAGUCAGCAGCUGGGCUCGGUUUUGAAACAAAAGCCAAUGUCCUCCCUCGGAGUCUGCAGCCGGUCAGUUCCUAGGGGGAAGAAAGCUAUGCUGCCCAGCCGGUGAGUCCAGCUGCGUGCAGGGACUUCCGUUCUUCACCUCCAGCGAGCCAGAGCUUUCUAAAUGGACACUGACAUGGACUACGAAAGACCCAACGUCGAAACCAUUAAGUGCGUGGUCGUGGGCGACAACGCGGUGGGGAAGACUCGCCUGAUCUGCGCCCGGGCGUGCAACACCACGCUGACCCAGUACCAGCUGCUGGCCACCCACGUGCCCACCGUGUGGGCCAUUGACCAGUAUCGUGUCUGCCAGGAGGUCCUGGAGCGAUCCAGGGAUGUCGUCGACGAAGUGAGCAUUUCUCUCCGGCUUUGGGACACUUUCGGAGAUCAUCACAAAGACAGGCGUUUCGCAUACGGCAGGUCUGAUGUUGUGGUCCUCUGCUUUUCAAUCGCGAACCCCAACUCCCUCAAUCAUGUGAAAACCAUGUGGUAUCAAGAAAUCAAGCACUUUUGCCCUCGAACGCCUGUCGUCCUGGUCGGCUGCCAGCUUGACCUCCGCUAUGCCGACCUGGAAGCUGUCAACAGGGCCAGACGCCCCUUAGCAAGGCCCAUAAAGAGAGGUGACAUUUUACCCCCAGAGAAAGGCCGAGAGGUGGCGAAGGAACUCGGCAUCCCUUACUACGAGACCAGCGUAUUUGACCAGUUUGGCAUCAAGGACGUGUUCGACAACGCCAUCCGCGCAGCCCUCAUCUCCCGCCGGCACCUGCAGUUCUGGAAAUCCCACUUGAAAAAAGUCCAGAAGCCUCUGCUUCAGGCGCCCUUCCUACCUCCGAAAGCCCCUCCCCCGGUCAUCAAGGUCCCUGAGUGCCCGUCCACGGGGACCAGCGAUGCCGCCUGUUUACUGGACAACCCUCUGUGCGCCGACGUCCUCUUCCUUCUCCAGGGUCAGGAGCACAUCUUCGCGCACCGCAUUUACCUCGCUACCUCUUCUUCCAAAUUCUACGACCUUUUUGUAAUGGAGUGUGAGGAAUCCCCUGGCUGGGGUGGAGGAGCUGGAGAAGAGGUGCCAUGCAGGGAUUGUCAGGGGCGGGUGCAAAGCAUUAGCCCAGCCGAGGAAGGGGGAAAAAGUCCCCAGAGGAUCCCUCAGGCUGGCCCAGGGGCCUCUUCAGGCCAGGUCCUGUUGGAGAGUCUGACUUUGCAGACGGAAGCCUCGGGUUCUGAGGCACAGGCCCUGUCCGGCUGGAGCAAGGGGUUUGUCAGCAUGCACAGGGAGAUGCGGGUCAACCCCGUUUCGAAGCGGGUAGGCCCAGUGACCGUGGUCAGGCUGGACUCAUCGAUGCAGUCCAGCCCUUUCCGGACCCUGCUGCGAUUCCUCUACACGGGGCAGCUGGAUGAGAAGGAGAAAGAUUUGCUGGGACUGGCUCAGAUGGCCGAGAUCCUGGAGAUGUUCGACCUGAGGAUGAUGGUGGAGAAUAUCGUGAACAAGGAAGCCUUUAUGAACCAGGAGAUCACGAAAGCCUUCCACGUCAGGAAAGCCAACCGGAUCAAAGAGUGUCUCAGCAAGGGCACGUUCUCAGAUGUGACAUUUACCUUGGAUGAUGGAGCCAUCCGUGCCCACAAGCCACUAUUGAUCUGUAGCUGCGAGUGGAUGGCCGCCAUGUUCGGGGGGUCCUUUGUGGAAAGCGCCAACAGUGAGGUGCAUCUCCCCAGUAUAAACAAGACGUCAAUGCAGGCGGUGUUGGAAUACCUCUACACCAAGCAGUUGUCGCCCAACUUGGACCUGGACCCCCUGGAGUUAAUUGCCUUGGCAAACAGAUUUUGCCUGCCACACUUGGUUGCACUCGUAGAGCAGCACGCCGUCCAGGAGCUCACAAAGGCCGCCAUGAGUGGAGUGGGCAUCGAUGGUGAAGUGCUCUCUUACUUGGAAUUGGCGCAGUUUCACAAUGCCAACCAGCUAGCCGCCUGGUGUUUACACCACAUCUGCACCAACUACAACAGUGUCUGCUCCAAGUUCCGCAAGGAAAUCAAAUCUAAGUCGGCAGACAACCAGGCGUACUUUGAGAGGCACCGCUGGCCCCCCGUGUGGUACCUGAAGGAGGAAGACCACUACCAGCGUGUGAAGAGGGAGCGGGAGAAAGAGGACCUGGCGCUGAAGAAGCACUAUUCGAGGAGAAAGUGGUUUUUCUGGCACUCAUCCCCAGCUGUGGCCUGAAGGGGAUCAAGGGGAUCGCCAUCCACUCUGACCACCCCUGCCAUUGACAGCUCUACUGUAAAAACCAGUCUCCUCAGCCGUUUGCGCAGUUAGGGUUUCGGGCACUGGCUUUUCCACUUGCGUGCGUUUCUCUCCAUCAGGAUCAAAGCACAAGCUCGCCAUCCACGAGCCUGGACAUAAAAGGAAGUUGAGUAACUCACCGCAUUCCUUCGGCCCAUACCUGUCUUUUUAUAUUUUGGGUUUUUUUUUUUUUUUGUUAGGAAGCUCAAUACUCUUUAGUCCGUUCAUUAUUUGUUCCUUUUUAUACAUACCAAGACAAGCAAAUCCAGCUUUCAUGCUCCAGAUUCCGAUUGGAAAGUAUUUUUAUAUGGUCUCUUGUAUUUAGUUAAAAUGACAAUACUGUGUAUUACUUCACUUCAGAGGCCACACGUUGACCACGAAGUUGCCCCGUGAUUCUCUCGCCCCCGCAUGACCACAGUCGAGCAUUGCUCAUAAUUACAGACUUAUCCUUUUGUUGUGAGGUAAAGGGUUGGGCUGAGAUCACCCCCCCCCCACCGAAGUACAAGCUGGAAGUGCUUAAUCUUUGUGCUGAUGAACAACACUGGUAUAAUUACCUACUUACAAGAUUUUUUCUAUUUAAGUGCUAGUAAUUACAUGGUUAUCUGUGCCAUAUAAACGACGGUGAGGGCAAAUAUCUUAUUGUUUAAGUUGUCUAGAUUCAAGAGGAUAAUCCUCAUAAUCACCAGAAGGGCUUAUUAAAUCCCAGUACUAUCAGGGGCAAGACCAGCUGGCGGACCUGGGUACCUACGACAGAGUUCAAGUGCCACUACCGUUGGAUGCCUGUGUCAGAGUCGGUGGCUCUCGGUGUUCUGGUAUCUUAAUGCGCUUCUCCUGGCACACUAAGUUCCGUAACCUGAACAGAGACGAGCAAAGGAGGAAAAGCUCGUCCCACUGUCUACAGGUCUGUCACCUUGGCCCUCGCACCCGCGGCCAACUUCACUUUGUAAGACAUAUUUUUUUUUUUAACUCUUCCCAGGGAAAAUUCAGGUUACCACUAAAGUAGGCCAAGGCAGACCACCUGCUUCUACAGCAGUACCACGGAGCCUAUGAAAGCCCAGCGCUGGAGGCCGGGUCUUGCUUUCUCCAGCAGAGAAAGGAGCCAAAUCCCAAGAGCCUAGGAAAUGGUGCUAUCGUGUGGUAGUUCUGACCCCGUGUCCUUUGGGAAGUUCAGUGUUAGAACCGAACGUGGAGAGCAGGGGAGCUCUCAAGAGGCAUCAAUAUCAUUGCCCCUUGGCAGAUUAAAAUGUUACAGUACACACACACACACACACACACACACACACACCAUUAGAGAGUCAUAGCACCUCACCUACCACGGGAUAUUGUGUGCUGGACACUGGGGCUCAUCCUGUUGGGAGGUCACCUUACUGACACUAAGGGCUAUUGAUUUUUUUGUUUGUUUUUGUUUUCUAGGUUUUUUUUUCUAAAGAUGGAAAGGAGACAAUUGAGUCCAAACUCCAAAUGCCAUAUGCAUUUGAAAAAUCUGUGUAGACCACAGGCAGAUGAUUGUUUCUGGCACGGCCAUGUACCAGAUUCAAGAGCUUAGAAAGGCCUGGGAAUGCACCACCCUCUCGUGGCAGAGAGGGAGCAGGGGAAGAGGGAGUCUGAUCAAGCCUUCCCCCUUAACUUUGUUAAUAGGGAACAUAGCUAAUGGAAGGAAAGGGUAUAUAGAAAGAGAGGCUGUAUGUCAAGACUCGGGGAGAAAUGGCAUAUGGCCACCUUAAAAAUCCCAGAGGUUGUUUUCAGUGAGUAGUCCUAGUCAGAUUUAACAACCAAAGCUCCAUCUGAUUGUACUCUUGCCAAAACCUAACAGACACAUCCAUGAACAUGGGGCGUAAGCAAUAAUAUCCACUCGUGUUCUUCACAGCUGCUGGAACCAAGUGGCUGGUUCAUUUGGUUGGCACUGAUUAGCCUUUAACCAUGGCGGUUUGUUUCAUGUUUUUUAUUUCACAAAAAAAAAAAA